UCUAAUGACUAUAAAUGCUGAAAAUAUGCACGUUUUUCAAUAUCAAUACUCAGUACACCAAACUGCAAUACACAGUACAAAUAUUACUUUGAAAACUCAAAACACAGUACACCAUCGACGCUCAUUUAUCACCGAUUUCUCCGUGAUUUGAACAUUUACAAAGCUGAAAUUUUGCACAUUUUUUCCUUGUAUGUAACUAAAUAAAUCGUACGAUUCAGAUUUUCCCCACAAUGCAAAUAGGUUAUGGUAUAGGGACAAAUAUGUUUACGGCAUGCAUUUAUCAAAUGAUAAACUUGUCAUUUUAUCACAAAUUUUAGCAUUUCUACUUAAGAUUGACUCAUUUUACGCUUGUGAGAGCAUAUACACAGUAUCUAGUUAUGAAAAGUAAUGCUCUUUUCUUCUGUAGUAGUAUAAUACAAUAGUAAAUCGGGGUUUUACUUACCUUGUUGACGAAAAAUAAUCACGUUUUCGGAAAAUACCUUAUCACUUAAUGGCAAUAUCCGGUGUACGCAUCAUCACCGUGUAAACCCCAGAUUAAGAAAACUUAAAUUUGUCACAUGCACACUUGCAACAGGUUAUCUUGUUACAUUUACUAUAGUGAAUAGUUGAAGCCAUGGAUGUCUAUGUUUUUGUAGUUGCCUUUUUGGUGCUGGUUUUGGCAGUUUCACUGUAUUAUAACUUUUCCCAUACUAGGAGAUUGACAACAAGAAAAUGUCGUUAGAGAACAACACCUGACAGGAGUGUAAAGAAAGUUCAAUUCAAGGAAGAUGCUAAAAUACAAAAGGACGAAACGGGCAAAAGAAAAGCUGCUUCUACACAAAAUGACUUCGGCUCUUCAGUCAAAGCAUUUCAGGGAAACUAUGAAUUGGGAAGUGAGGAAUUUAACCUAUCUGAAGAUGAAAUGGAUGCUGAGGAAGAUGACUACGAACACCAAACGCAGGUACUAAACGAGGAAAUUUGGAGCCAGGACAUACGAGAUGAAAAUGAGUAUAAUAUUUUUCGAUCAUUUGUAAACGAGGACCAACUGACAAAACACAUGCAAGAAUUUGGUAUAUUUAAAGGGCUUUGCCAUUACGUCGCAGAUAACGUUGAAGACUGGAAAGAGAAGUACGUGAAAAUCGCAAUCGCAGGGAAUUCGGGCACUGGUAAAUCAAGUUUGAUUAAUACUUUGAGAGGCAUGAGACCAGGCGAUAAAGGCGCUGCGAAAGUUGGUGUAACUGAAACAACUACAGAAGCAGUUUCUUACCGUUUCCCAAAUAAUGACAGAAUCCGCAUAUUCGAUCUCCCCGGAAUGGGAACAAUACAUUUUCCAAGACAAAACUACAUGGAGGAUAUGAAAGUUUCGACGUACGACGCUUUUAUUAUUGUUACAUCAGAAAGAAUAACAGAGAAUGAUGUAUGGUUUACCAAAGAAAUUAUGUCUAAGAAUAGGCACGUAUGUUUUGUUCGCACAAAAAUCGAUACGGAGCUUGCAAAUGAGAAGAAAGACAACCCAAAAGGGUUCGUAAAGGAAAAAUGUUUGGCUGAGAUGAGGAAUGAAAUAAUUACUACACUUAAAAAAGAACUAGGUCCUGAAAAAUUAUGUGGAAUCUAUCUACUGAGUUCCCGUGACAAAGACCGAUAUGAUUUUCCAAAACUUACGGAUGCACUACAGAGUCACCUUAACAUUUUAGGACGUGCUAUACGAAAAUUUCUUGGGGAACAUAUAAAGUUAGUCAUCGAUGAAAAGAGGGAGCUAAAUAAAGGAGGAUUCCUUCCCCAAAAAAUCUGGCAAUUCAUGUCUGGCUUUUCAGUGCCACAUACGCACAAAUUGUCCAGGGAUAUGGAGAAAAUACGUCUUAUUUGUCUCAGAGAAUUCUGUUUAGACAACAUGUCACUAGAACUAGUGUCUAACGAAACUGGCAUUUCGGUGGACGAUCUAAAGGCCAAAUUAAGAACUUUCAAACAGGAUGAAGACAAAGCAAAGAAAAGUGGGUUUCAACGUGUAGCAUAUGUGAUGCGCUAUUACCAUGCUAUGCAACGUAAUUUGGCGAAUAUGUGUGAUGACAUGGCAUCAGAUGAAAUGUGUCUUGUUAAUCUAAAACUAGAUAGAGUUGAAGAGGAAUUAAGUCCGUUGUUAAGCAAAUGAGUCACAACAUAUGAUAUUUGAAUCUGCAGUAAAAACAGAUAAAGUAAAUGUUAUUUACCCCAGAGAGGACUACUCACUUAUAAAACAUCUUAUUUUAUCAUUCUAAAAUACAAUUUUUACCCAGUGUAGAAUUUGUUUAUUUCCUGAUAAAAGAUAAAAGAAAAUAAUUUUCAAAAAUAGCCAGGGAAUGAUAAAUGAUAUUAUAAACUUUCCGAUAAUCUGGGUGUUUAGUUUAAGCAUAUUUUAUUGCCAAUAUAUACAUAUAUAAACAGAUAACUACGUCAAUUGUACAUAUAAUAGGCAAAAGGGUCGACCCACAAGUUCUCGCAACAUUAGUAACGGGUCUUCCCUAAUGCAAAUAUUUACAUAUUUAAUUUACAACAAUGACAACUAAUCAGGUACAUGUGUGGUAAAUAAUAAAUUUACAAUAUAAUAGCUACAAAAAAAUGGAAAGAAAAAAAAAGAGUUGAAAUAAGUAUGAGGUACAAGUACAUGUGUACUUAUAAAAGCAAUCACAUUUGUGACUAGUGGCAAAUGAUGCAAUUAAUUUGCAUUAACAUGUACUACAUUAGGGAAAAAAACUUUAAAAAGGAGAAACGAGUACAUGUGACUUAUAUAGACAAACAUAUUUGUGACUAGUCAGUGUACAAAAAGAUGUAAGAGUACAAAAAAAGAAGAUGCAAUUCAAUUGCAUUAACAUGUACUACAUUUGGGGAAAAAGAACAUAAAAAAGAAACAACUGGGGUCUUGUCAAUAAUAAACUUAUAUAAUUAUAUAUGAAUAAAUUGAAUAAUAUUGCCUGCUAAAUAUGGUGAGUCUCAAAAGCGUUUGGUUGAUUUUAUGUAAUGUUGGACUGAGCAGAAUAUUUUGCAGUUGUCUUCAUAUGACAAUUCGGAAUUACCAACUAAAAGAAGUUGGGUAUUUAAAGGAUGAAAUUGCCUUAGGUCGUGGAAAAGUUUAAUCCUUUGAUUUGUAUAUUUCGUACAAGUGAAAAGAAAAUGUUUAACGUCUUCAAUAUCUUCUCCACAAGAACAGAUUGAGUCCUGAGACAGAUGGUUGCAGAAUAAAUGA